AACUGCUUGGCCCCCCUGGCCAAGGUCAUCCAUGACAGCUUUGGCAUCGUGGAGGGACUCAUGACCACAGUCCAUGCCAUCACUGCUAUCCAGAAAACCGUGCAUGGUCCCUUUGGGAAGCUGUGGCGUGACGGCCGAGGGGCUGCCCAGAACACCAUCCCUGCUUCUACUGGGGCUGCUAAGGCUGUGGGCAAGGUCGUCCCUGAGCUGAACGGGAAGCUCACUGGCAUGGCCUUCCGUGUCCCUACCCCCAAUGUGUCGGCUGUGGAUCUGACCUGCCGCCCAGAGAAAGCUGCCAAAUACGAUGAAAUCAAGAAAGUGGUGAAGCAGUCAUCAGAGUGCCCCCUCAAGGGCAUCCUGGACUAUACUGAGGACCAGGGUGUUUCCUGCGACGUUAACAGUGAUACCCACUCUUCCACCUUUGAUGCUGGGGCUGGCGUUGUCCUCGACAACCACUUUGUCAAGCUCAUUUCCUGGUAUGACAAUGAAUUUGGCUACAGCAACAGGGUGGUGGACUUCAUGGUCCACAUGGCCUCCAAGGAGUAAGAGCCCCCGGACCACCAGCCCCAGCGAGAAGAGAG